GGGCCGGAUCCUGACGUUGGGUUGUGGGUGCUGAGGGAGCGGGUGCGGCGUGAAGCCCGGAGCGGAGCCCGGAGCCCCGCGGGGCGCGGUGCAGUGGCGGCGUGGGGCCGUGGGGUGGCACGGCCGAGCCAGCCGGGAGCGCGGCGUGGGGCGGUGAUGCUGCCUGGGAGGGUCCCCGGCCCCGCACCCCCACCUUCCUCUCUCCCUGCAUCCCGGCAGCCCCGCGGUCCCACAUCCCCGCAGCCUUGCAUCCCUGCAUCCCUCCAUCCCUGCAUCCCUGCAUCCCUCCAUCCCUGCAUCCCUCCAUCCCUGCAUCCCUCCAUCCCUGCAUCCCCUCAUCCCCACAUCCCUCCAUCCCCACACUCCUCCAUCUCCACAUCCCAGCGCUGCUCAGCACCCCACUCAGCACUGCCAAGGAGCUAAACCUAACCCCCCCACCACCCUCCCCAGAGCAGGGGGGUGUGGUUGGGGGGGGGGACGGACCCUGCCCAUCGGCUGGCAGCACGGGCCCGGGGGGCUGCAGCCGGGUGCAGAACCAGCAACGAGGCGUGGGGGGGGGCUGAGCGGCCCCCACACCCAGCGCCCACCCCCCCACACCCAGCUGCCCCGCACCGGGGAUGAGGCAGCGCCGAGGGGGACACGGCUCCGCCGCGCAGCGACGCCACAGCUAACGCAGCUAGCGGGAGCUCGCUGCCCCUGGCCCACCAUGCCCUCCUCCAAGACUGGCAGCGAGUACUGGAUCGAUGGGUCCCACCGCGAGACGGCCCUGGAAGAUUUCUACAUCGUGGGCCCUGAGCUGGGCCGGGGAGCCACCUCGGUGGUGUACAGCUGCGAGGAGAAGGGCACGGGCACCCCGUACGCCGCCAAGAUGCUGAAGAAGACGAUCGACAAAAAGAUCGUGAGGACGGAGAUCGGGGUCCUGCUGCGGCUCUCGCACCCCAAUAUCAUCAAGCUGAAGGAGAUUUUCGAGACGCCCUCGGAGAUCGCGCUCAUCCUGGAGCUGGUGACGGGAGGAGAGCUCUUCGACAGGAUCGUGGAGCGGGGUUUCUACAGCGAGCGGGACGCGGCCCACGUCGUCAAGCAGAUCCUGGAAGCUGUUUCGUAUCUGCACGAAAAUGGAGUUGUCCACCGUGACCUGAAGCCAGAGAACCUGCUCUACGCAGACCUGUCCCCCGACGCUCCCCUUAAAAUCGGUGACUUUGGGCUCUCCAAGAUCGUGGAUGAACAGGACACCAUGAAAACCGUCUGCGGGACGCCGGGGUACUGCGCCCCCGAAAUCCUCCACGGGUGCCCCUACGGCCCCGAAGUGGAUAUGUGGUCCGUGGGCGUCAUCACCUACAUCCUGCUCUGUGGCUUUGAGCCCUUCUUCGACCCGCGAGGGGACCAGUACAUGUACAGCCGCAUCCUCACUUGCGACUACGAGUUCGUGUCCCCGUGGUGGGAUGAGGUUUCCCUCAACGCCAAGGACUUGGUCCGAAAGUUGAUCGUCCUGGACCCCCAGAAGAGGCUGACUGUCUACCAGGCUCUGGAGCAUCCCUGGGUCACCGGGAAAGCCGCUAAAUUUGCUCACAUGGACAGCACGCAGAAGAAACUGCAGGAAUUUAAUGCCAGGCGGAAACUGAAGGCUGCCAUGAAAGCCGUGGUGGCUUCCAGCCGCCUGGGCAACCACGGGCACCACGACUGCUCCCGCAGCGGGCGCAGCCAGGGGGGUCCCCGGGGUGCCUGCCUGCCCCAGGGGACGGGGACCGCCAGCCCCGAAGCCAGCGCCACCGAGGACCUCGACGCUUUCCAGAGCGACUGUCCCGCCAUGUCCCAGGUUCCCGUGACCGGGGCUGGCUGCAAGAGCUAACGUGUUCGGCGGUGCCGCCGGCUCGCCGCCGCUUCGGCAAGCAACACCCCGCCGCCCCUCGGCCGCUGGCACGGGGAGAGGCAGGGGAAGCCGGGGGGGACAGGAGCACCCCGAGCGUGGGUGUGCGUCGGGAGCCCGUGGUCUGUGGCGUGGAGCAUCCUUCUGUAGUGUCCUGUUGCCAAGUGCAGUCGUAGCUGGUCGCUGUGAGUGUGUGUCUGUACGGACCCGACUGAGGAAACAAGGCUGGGGACUCGGUCUUCCGACAAAUUAACCAUUUUGGACACUGUGGCUGGAAAAAAUCCCAAGUGGCUUAAAAACGAGGAGCAAACAGCAGAAAAAGGAUUUCUUACACCUUCCCUGCAAAGGCAGUAAGUUGUCUUUAGGACAGAGUUUUGCAAGUUCCUGUACACAGUCCCGAAGGGUUUAUUUGCUGAGGGGAGAGGUGUGUCGGGACCGUCGCUGACCACUGGCGGUACCUCUCCAGUCGCGGUUACAGGACCCCGCUGAGGGUUUGCUGCUGUGUUAGACCAGGUUUUCAGGAGCCUUUGAACCCAGCUCUUUGAUCCUACCCGGAGAAAAAGUGUUUGCCAGUGGUUCCUUUAUUAUCUCUAGAUGGUAGACGACCUCUGCUUGAUUUGUGCUUUGGUUCUCAUUCGUUCCCACGUUCAGUCUUGCUGCGGGUACGUGGUGCUGGUGAGAUUGUCACAAACAGGGAAUGCUGGCUUGUCUGGCUGCUGCGCCGGCGUUCCAGGUUACGGCUCACACGAUGAGUUUGAACAAAGAACAGUGGAACUCUUUCUACGGCGCGUUGUAAGACUUUGUAACACGUAACGGUGCUGCUGUUUCCUGAGUGAGGACAAUGAGUUUAUACGUAUUUUGGUUUUUGUUUUUUGUUUUUUUUAAGACUAAUGCAAUCAGUUGAAAAACUUCUUGAAAAGAAAUUUUUUAGGCAGUUAUUUAUGAAGCCACGGGAUAGGCGUUUGCAGAUUUUAAUACAGAACAACUAAUCAGACAGGAAAAGCCAUAUUACACAGGCAGGAUUACAGAAAGCCUGGCAGCUGCUCCGCAGUCCCAGCUGGUGUGAUCCAGCACAAGCUCAACUAGCCCGGGGCGAUGAUGUGACCUGCACCCCUCGCGGGUUGGGCCAUACACACAGAACAGUGUGUUCGGCAAAAAAUAUCUCAGCUGGAGAGGAACUAAAUCUGUACAUGAGGUUAAUUUUUCCAGGAUGGGGGGACACAGAACUGACUCCUUGAUAAAGGAAGGGCUGCAAAUGAAAAUUAAAAUUUUGCUGAAGCUGAAAGCCGCCAUUACAGACAGCUGGCUCGGCGCAGGGCGCAGGUCAGAGGGUCAGAGCUGUAAUCGGGGCGGCAGGAAAGCAAAUGUAACACAGCGACCUUCAUAUUUAUUUACAGCACAAGCAGAAAUCACCAAGUGUAAGGGCUGAGCCAUACUGUAUGAAGCUCAUUUCUGCUUAGGGUGCUUGUAAAGCCAAAUACAGAGGAGGGAUCAGAUGUUCAAGAGAGUUUUUUAAUUGGAAUACUAUUAGGUCUUAACCAGAAAUGUGCUUUUUUUUAAAACUAAGUCAUACCUUUAAUGGGGAAGCAGAUGCACAGCAAGAUUUCCCUUUGGAGAAAGCAAACGCUGAUACCAUGGGAGAAAGCUCCAGCAAAGGGAAAAAUAUUUCUUUUUCUUUGCGUUUUGCAGGAGGGGUGGUUGUUUUCUCUCCUUUUUUUCACAUCAAGGGCUGAACCUUGCAGUGUGCUUAACUCCGGUCUUUAUCCUACGCUUGGGGUGACACUCUCUGUCCUUCAGACUCUGCGAUGUGUCCUCAUUUACUCCAGUGGGGCCAGAACUCCAACUUUAACCAUGUUGUUUACUACCCCGAGUUUUAAGACUAUUUUAUAUCCUUUGACAUGAAAUCCUUACUCAAACGCCUUGCAGGAGUAGGCCAGAAUGCUCAGUGCACCCUGACCCUGUGAAGCAGGGCCUGACGAAUGUUGCCCUGCCCGCAGACCAUGCCUGAUCCCGCAGAAUAAUGGGAAAUAAGGGGAUUAGGAGACAGGCAACAGUGCCUUCAGCGAUGGAAGGCAGCCGGGGGAAAACUUUAAGCAAAAUAGGAGUUGGCCUCUUACAUCAACGAAGUAUUAUUCCACAAAUAUCAGCAUUUAAAGGUAGAAAAAAGUAUUCCUGGGAGUAAAGCUAAUAGGAGACGCCAUUUGGGUCUGUAUGCUGUUUUCAGAACGUGUUUUAAUAACUUACUACUUCAGUAUAGUGGUGACAUUUCCGAUAUUGCAGGUAUUUAUGAAAAAGUACAGACAUCUAAUAAAGCAUCAAGCAUCACAA